UUACAACAUGUGUUUGUGUGUUUUGAUACCUAAGAUGGCUGCGCCCAUGGAAUAAUUUGUUAUUUCUGCUUCACAAUAUCAGAGUGCAUAACGACAACACGAAGUAACAAUUGAGGUAUGGUCAUGAAAGAAAAAAGAUACACAUGAGAUGUCAUCUUCAACAACAAUUCACCAAACGAAAAAGAAGCAAAAUGUUCGACAGAAGUUGCAGUCUCCAUUCCCAGUACCAAUCCAGAGUUUAACAUACCAUUGGUAUCAGUUUACUGGAAAACUGGAAGAGAACCAUGUUGUCGUUCAACAUUCAGGAGAUAUUAACUACUUACACAAUAUGGGUUUCUUCGGUCAAGGCAUGAUGUCCCGGGGGCCACCAGCAACAUAUGACAGUCUGCCGGCUGUGUACCUGCCUCUUGAGUCUGAACAUGGGGAGGAGUUUGCAUCUAGAAGAGUCAAGGUCAUGAGAAGAAGAAUGUACCUGCGUCAUAAACAGUGGCAGAAACGUCUUCAGUGUACAAGUUCAUCUGUAGACUCAGACAGUGAUCUAGAUGAGGAAUUUAACAGUGAUGUGGAGUACAAUCAAUAUGGCUGUGCAUCUGAGGGUGGUGGCAACAAAGUGGUUCAUGCUGGCCAACAAGGCUCUGAUGUUGAAAUGGAGCAUAGUUCUGCGGAGGUGUUUAAAGUACAGGCUCAUUCAUGUGACAUUUCUGAGUUUACGGACAAAAAAGAGACUGGACAGACCAACAGCUUUCAAAGUGCAGAUCAACUGACUUCAGAUACCAAAUGGGGUUCAACGUCAUCAAAUGAACAUCAGCUGCCUGACGUUUUGAACACACGUUUAAACAAAUCAGUGCUUGAAAAAGAGACAUUUAAACUCUGGAAUUCAAGUAAGAGCGACAGUAUUGCAGAUGCCCUCAUCUGGGACUCUAAACCAGCCAAUAAGAAGACAGUGGAGGAGGCAUGGAAUGAUAUGGAGGCUGACGCUGACUUUUGGGGGACAGAACCCGUCACAAAAAGAACUAAAAUGGAGGACUUCUGGGCAACCGAACCUGUGUUGAAAAAAUCGAAAACUGAGGACAUUUUAUCUGGCUCUUCUCAAGAUAAUUGUUAUAAUGGGGAAACUGAUGAAUCUAAAAUUGAACAAACAGCAUCGUCAAAGUCCAGGCAGUGUGAUUCUGGCGACCAUGCUGAGAUGGUGACGAGUGAAUCUGAGGAAAUUCAGAAUUCUAACAUCAAUCAUAAUAUUGAUUCAGGUCGAGCAUUUCAUAAUAACUAUUUUAAUGAUGAAACUGAUGAUGGCAAACAUGCCAAAAAUUAUGAUAAUGAUAUUGAAAUUGAAAAAAACAAUAUUGAAAUUGAAGUAGAAAAUGGAACUCGUGCUGUGCUUUCAAAAACCUGUGAUACAAGAAAUGAGGAGAUAUCUGCCUAUAAACAAGGUGAUGAAAAUGGAAGUCUGACAGCAGUUACAGAUUCAUCAUCGCUGCAAAUUCACCCGUAUUGCAAAAAUGAUUAUAGUUUCCAAAGUGGCAAAAAUGAUGAGGAUUUUGACCCAGAACCAUAUUUAGUGAUCGAUGACUCUGAUGUCGAUGAUGCCACGGUAACAGUACCAAGAAAGGAGAAAUAUCGCUGGAAACCUGCUCUGAGAUUAGAUGCAUUCCAAUUUAAUGAACCUCUCAUUUUGUCCUUUGAAGAGGCCUUCUUCCUCACCUAUGGACUGGGUUGCCUUUCUGUACAAAAUGAGGACCAGUCCAUGCUGAAGAUUUCUGACCUGUGGAGGCAUUUCUGCAGAAAGCGAGCCCGGUUUCUUCCUAUGUAUGCUGCCUAUCAUUUCUUUAGAAGCCAUGGAUGGGUGCCCAAGUCAGGAAUUUUAUUUGGCGUCGAUUACGUCUUGUACAAGGUUGGUCCACCAUUUUACCAUGCUACCUACUCUGUCGUCGUCAAGGCAGUUGAAGAAGGCUCAUAUACAGAAAUGGAGCAUUUCAACAAUCGACAAUUCACAUGGACCUCACUAAGUGGGCUGAACAGAGUCACUGAGCAUGUUGCCAAGACUCUCGUGUUUUGCUACGUGAUAUUUCCCACUGGCUGGAAUGAAGUGGUCGCGUCUUCCCCGACAUGUUUGUCCCAAAUACGAGUCAAGCUGCAGGUGAUCAGUAGAUGGGUGUCCUCGCAAGAACGAAACAAAAGCCUGUCAGAAGUCCAAGCAACUUGAUCCUGAUUGAAAUAUCUUGGGCCUUGAAUUUAAGAUCAUUAAAGACGCUUCGAGGAUAAAACAUUCAACAACAACAAACGUUUCAAACAAAAGCCUCUAAACAAGUCUAGGCAACAUGAGGAUGAUUGAGAACAUUCGGCAUCAAUUUGCAGAUUGUUAACCCAUUUAUGCCUAGCGUAGAAAAGAGGCCUUGGCAAACAUCGUAGACCCCAGACAAGACGCAGCAUGAUGCGGUGUCUCAUCUGGGUCUGCGCUGUUUGCUUAAAGGAAUUUCUGUAAGGAAUAUUCUAAAUAUAGAAAUAAAUAUACCAGACAUCCAUUAUUUUUUAAAUAAAUUGGUCCGAUUUGGAAUGAUGGGAGAGUCUGCUAGGCUUAAAUGGGUUAAAGACACAUUGAGGAUGAAAACAUAGUUGUUGCAGGGAACGUACAAAGCAUUCAUACAUCAAGGAACAUGAUGAUGAUUGAAAGAUUUUAGCUUCAGAUUUUAUAUUCUUAAAAUUAUACAUUUUGAUUAAAGGAUAUACCAAUU